UGUGGGAGUCUUCAUUGGCAAAUUGUCCGCCAUGAUGAAAAACUAGAAAAUUUGGAGAAGUUUACGAAAUUUAGAAGCGAACUGUGUAUUCAUUACGGAAUAUAUCGGUAAAUUAAAGACCCAGUACAAAUGUUGGUACACUUAUCUAUCGUAAUAUAAAGUUCAGGUUCAUUUUGAGCCUCAUGACUCGGUUACUUUGCGAAAAUUCUUUUGAGUGACCAGUUCGUUUGCACAAAGCGGGUCAUUCAAGAUGAGCAAGGUAACUUUUCGGGCCAGGGCGCUAGACGCCUCACGGCGAAUGCCAGUGUUCAAAGCAGAUGACAUACCAGAUCUUCCAGAUUUUGCAACCAUCAACAGAUCGGUGCCACAGAUGCCGACAGGAAUGGAAAAAGAGGAAGAAACGGAACUGCAUUUGCAAAAAGCCCUUUGUGCCCAACAAGCAUAUGGCAGUGCCGAAGCUCUCACCAUUCCUAUCCCAGAUGUUGAUGACACAUCAGAAAGAUGCGAUGGACUGUACAGAAGUGAUUACAAGCAACCAAAACAGUACUUGCAUCUCCAAGCCUUUGGCAUGGAUCAGGAAAUACCGGAUUAUGACAUGGACUCUGAAGAUGAAGGGUGGCUAAAUGAACAAGUGAAGAAAAUGGAAAUCACACCCGUCAAGUUUGAGGAAAUGAUGGAUCGUUUGGAGAAAGGCAGCGGUCAACAAGUGGUCACCCUGCGGGAGGCAAAACUCCUUCUUAAAGAAGAUGAUGACCUCAUUAUUGCCGUUUACGACUACUGGCUGAACAAACGACUGCGAACACAACAUCCACUGAUUCUGAGUGUCAGAACUGAGAAGCGAGAUGGAUCAACAACAAACAAUCCAUAUGUAGCUUUUAGAAGACGAACAGAGAAAAUGCAGACACGAAAGAAUCGUAAAAACGAUGAGACGUCUUACGAGAAGAUGUUAAAACUGCGUCGAGAUCUCAGUAGGGCAGUAACGCUUUUGGAAUUCGUGAAACGAAGAGAAAAGAUGAAGAAGGAAAUGCUGCAGUUAGCAAUUGAAAUAGCAGAAAAAAGAUACCAGUUGGAAGACUACGAUGGCACUAUGUUGACAGAGGCAGAGUCUAUAAGGCACAAAUUACCUCCCUUUGUUUCACCAUAUACUUGGAAAGACUGGAAUACUGGGGAGGAGGUUGCAGUCAAACAGAAGAAGCGUGAAUAUCGCAAGAGGAAGCACAAAACAUCUGUAUCUCAACCAUCUAACAUGAAUUCCAAUGCUCAACCACUGUACGCCAAUACCGAUAUGGGAAUGCUGCAAUCUGAUCUCUUUAGCUCCGAGGAUGAACCUUUCUCACCGAUGUCUCCCUCUGACCAAGAAGAUGAAAACGAUCCGGAUGGUAUCUAUGCCUUCAAGAGAAAGAAGAACUGUAGCUACUAUGCGCCUAUCCUAGAUCGCCUCGGUAAUUGGCCGUGGUGCAGUCCAGAGGAUGGUGGUAUAGGCGACAAGCGGUUCCGUUACUCCCUGACAUCACUGUCCCAGCCUCAAACAUGUAUCGGCUUUGCACGCAGAAGAGUCGGUAGAGGUGGAAGAAUAUUGUUAGAUCGCGGGUAUUCCCCGUGGGACGAUGGUUUACAGCAGGCAGAUCUCUCAGGGUCAGGCUCAUAUUCAGGAGUUAUUGGAGACUAUGUAACAUACAUUAAAAACUCAAAAAUAUCUCAUUUCCGGCCGCAUUCACCUCCACCAGACAUGGAAAGUGGUUACCAUAUCGGUUCUAAUUCAUUCUCAUCUCAAGACAAUGACUUUAGUAUGGACUAUUUCACAUCCCAUCAGGAGCAACUGCUUCAGAUGCAACGUGAACAGCAGGAGCAGUUGCUCAGACACCAAACGUGUGAUCUCGAUUCCUCAUUGAAUGGCUUAGAACAUUCCUUCUCAUCCCAACCCACCUCUCGUUUCACUCUGGACACUGCCAGUGCAAAGUUUGCUGUAUCAGCAGUCAUAAACACCGCUCAAGUGCAACAGCAGCAUAGUGCUACGUCAACAGCAGCAAUCAAUGGUGCUAGCUCAAUAGCAACUACUUCUGUCAACCUUCUGAAUGGACCAAUAACUACAAUUACAGAUAACCAGGGUCUUUCUACGUCACCGGCAGCAGAUAUCCUGCAGCUAAAUCUUCCGCUGAACAACAACAAUCACCACCAUCACGCUCCCUCGUCUCUUGUCACUCCCAUCUCUUCAUACGCCCUUCAGCCACUCCUGAACUCUAGUCCCGUCUCCAUGGCUGCAGGUUCAUCCCCUGUGUCGGCACUGUCAAACGCAUCAGCUGUUAGCACUGUGUUGACGUCCAUUAAUAAUCUGGCGGGCAAGAACAGCCUUACAGCUGCAAACCUCUAUCGCUUUGCUGCCUCCCAGAAUACAGUCCUUCAGACAGCAAUCAAACAAAACCAUGUAGAUUCCAAAGAUUUAAACAACCACACGAUAGAAACAGUACUUCCCAUGGACGUGACCUGAAGGAAUGGAGCGAUGGACUUGAAUCAGUCACAUGUCUAUUCAAAUACCAGUGUACAGGAUUGGGAUUGUGGCAGUAUUGUUUACUUGUACAGAAUUUUUAGGAGAAUAAAGCAGAGUGUUUUGUUUUUCUCAACCGUCCAUGUUUUAGUAACUUUAAGAGGUUACGUUCAAACAGGCUGUCAAACAGUGUGUUCCUGAGAAAUAUGUAUUAGAUUGAGCUAGGAGUUUGUGAGAUAAAAAACUAUAUAAAGUUUCAACCAGAUCUCUCAUUCUCAAAUUAUUUCUUUAAGUUAAGCAUAUUAAUGGUAAAAACAAAUUACCAGUAUUUAAAAUUUGUAUUUUUCAAAUUGAAUUUAGAGUGGAAAGGAAUUGUUUUUAAACAUAUGGAUAUGCUAUUAAAAAACACUUUCCAGGCUAUUUAACAUAAUUUAUUUAAGUAUUAUCCACCAAAAGGAUAAUUACUGUCAUUUGUAUUAUAACUGAAAUUCCUUAGCAAGCGCUUUUUGAAGUUUGGCAAAUGUAAAAAUUCACAGGCUUUCCUAGAGGAGUAUUAAUUUUUAGCUCGGCUGUUUUCGGAGAAAACCUGAGGUAUUGUCAUUGCCAGCUCGUCAACCGCCGUCGGGGUCGUGCUAAAACCUGAACAUUUUGUUAAGGUCUUGAACAUUUGCUCUAAAAUCAAAGUGCUUCAACCUUCAACUUUGAAACUUCAUAUGCAGCUGCAACCUGAUGAUUUCUACAUGCCACACCCACUAGGUCAAAGGUCAAGGUAACUGUGACUUCUAAAAAAAUAUAUAAAAAAUCUGACAAGCAUUCAUUUAUUCAAAACUGAACCUGCAGCCGAGGGUGGCAACCGUUAUGCGGUGCUCUUGUUAAGUUAGACUCACUACAUAGAAUCCUGAUUUGUGACUAUUAACUGUUGACUCUUGUGAAGAUUUUUUCAUUAUUUUUUAAAAAUUAUAUAAUAAAAAAAGGCAAUUUGUAUAAAUUGUACAAUGUCUGUUGUUUUUGUAGUUACUCUUAAUCAAAAUUUAUUCAACUGUCAUACUAGAUCAUGUUGCUUAAUAAGUAGAUACGAAGUAUGUAUGAGUAUAUGAUUAAAUGUAUUGUGUUUUUUUAUAAUUAUAAAAAACCAAUACAACCAAAGUCUUUCAUCAUUUUUAUACUUUAAUAAUGUGUCGAUGUUAUCAUGAUAGUUAAAUUGUCAUUUCACUUUCAGUUUGACUAAUAUCUGUAAGUUAGUAUUUUUGCCUAAUAACAACUUUCUAAUUGCCUUCUAUUAAAAUUAAAGAAAAUUUGCAAGAUCGCAUGUUCUUGCUUAUAUUGGACACUAACAAUCAUUUAAAGUGUGUAUUUUAUAAUUAUGCACAUAAUCUUUUUACAAUUUUCAUGUAGAGGUCCUUGCAACCUGCAAAAUUGUGUUUUUUAAUAUGAUAAUUGUAUUUGAAUAUUCAAAUAUUAAUGAUAGUAAAACUAGUAUGUGUUAAAUAUAAACUAAAACAGCAUGAUAAUUGAUCCACGGCUGUAUUUGUCCCAGUAUUGUUAGCUAGCACCUGUCUGUUUUGAACAGCAUUUAGCAUUUCCAAUCCAAUAAAGUGCUCCAUAAUAAUGCAACUGAGUAAAUAAAACUGAUUGUUCUGGAUGUCAGAACAUCUGUAUACACAAUGUAAAUUCAAACAGUUAAACACAUUUCCCAACAUGUUGUGUCCAUGUGCAAUUUGGCCGUGUUCUCAAAACAAGCACACUUGGAAUGUUGUUCAUACUUUCUUAUUCCAUCACCAUCAACAAGAAACUAAACACAUUUGCCAACAUGUUGGCCGUGUUCUCAAAACAAGCAUACUUGGAAUGUUGUUCAUACUUUCUUAUUCCAUCACCAUCAACAAGAAACUACCUCUUUAUAAUGCCAUUUGUUCUGUGAAGCCGAUUUGCCAAUUAACUGAAGAUUGUCUUGCUUAUUGUGGAGGACAUGGGACGUCAAGAGAUCUUUGUAGGCUAUUUUGACUAGCUCUUUAAUUAGUGUGUGUGCUCUUUAUCUAUGAAUAAGGAUUUUUUUCAAGUUAUUUAAACAUUAAAAGCAAAUACAAACUACUGUUGAAUAUUUUACAUGUUCCCGAAUAUUUAUUGGUUGUAAUAGUGUGUCGUGACUGUUUUAAAAGCAUAGAGUAACCAGACAAAAAGUAGCAAUAUUAACAUUAUAGAUUAUCUUUAAAUUUCAUUUCUGAAUUUAAAAAAUGAAACUAAAGCUGUCGUAAAUUGUGUAGUAAGGUAGAACAGAUAUUUUAUCUAUUGCUAUGAAACUUGGUGAUUGUUUUUAGCUAUUGAUAAGAAACUAGAUGCAUUCAUUUAAUUUAUUUGUGAUUCUGAAGAUGUGUUUGUGCUCAGUCGUUUGUCUUCACUUUUGUUUUGUACCUAGAUGUUUCAGGUCUAGUGUUAUUUAAUUUAGUGACUUGUUUGUAUGUACCACAUAUUGUGUUCACAUUGUCAACAGAACACUGAAGUGAUUAAGUGAAUUGUUGAAAUGCCUUUCUUGUUACAUGUACUACAUACAGAUCAAUUCUUAUGUUCUGGUUUUAUAAUUUAUUUCACUUUGUAUGUUAAAACUAAACAUGGCCUUAUAUAGAGCUGGAAAAUGUACGCUGUUAAUUUUUAUAGCAACAACGCAGUGAAGUGAGAAAAUGUUACUAUCAAUUAUCACUCACUAUUUAAUAACACUAUAUUCCAGGCUUGUAUAACACUCGGUCAAUGCUGUAAUAUUUUAUGGUGUGCUAUUUGUUAAGACAUGUUAUUGUAGAGUUUUUGGAGUUUAAUUGCUUUUCAGUUAAUGCUUAUUUAUUAAGGUCUUAGUAAAUAUUGAAUUUUGACAGAAUCUAAGUGACCUGAAUCAGGAAUGACCAGUACGUUCUUCUGUAGGCCAGUGUUUACCAAGCAUGGGUUCAUAUGUUGCAUUGGUAAAUAAAAGCAGGCAUGUUCUAAUUCCUCGUUGAUUUUCAUUAUACCUUUUAGACAAACAAACAAUAGGCAGAGCAUUAUAUUUAUGCUUUAGGUUAAUUAGCCUAAGAAAUAAUAAUAUUUUUAAAUGAAUAUGAAAGUUUUAUGUUUGACCAUUAUUGUGUAUGAAUUUAUUGCAACAUAUCUGAUAACAAAAUUGUGCUAUUUGACUUAAAUGAGUGCUGUGAAACUUGUAUUUGUAUGUGGUACAUUGUAACUCAAAGGGCUGUAACUAUUGUAUAAUAGACAACUCUUGUGUUCAUCUGUGAUAUAAAAGGGUGUUUGGUCUUAAGGGACCGUCCCUUGAAAAAAUAAAAAAUAAAAAUAUUGAUAAAUCA